AUGCCUCACUCAACUCACGCCGCCACGCCUCGCUACAAGGCCAUUAUUUUGGAUUUGAAUGGCGUUCUUCUUUCUUACGGAGGCAAAGCCCCCUCAAGCGUCUUGAAACCCAGCCAGAUCAAGAACGUGCUCGACUCGCCGACAUGGUAUGACUAUGAGUGCGGGAAAAUCUCAUCUCGUCAGGAAUGCUACGAAAAAGUCUCUUCAGAAUUUGAGAUGGACGUGAAUGUCUUCUCAGAUGCCCUGGAACAGCUCACCAAAACAGUCAAACCGCAUUCUGAAUUCAUAGCUGCCAUCAAGAAUAUCAAAGCAGCCUUUCCAGAGAUCAAAAUUUAUGGAAUGAGCAACAUUUCGCAGCCAGACUAUGAGUUUCUGAAGCCAAUGAUUUCAUCGUGGGGCAUCAUAGACGGUUUUAGGCCCAGCUAUGAGGCGGGAAAGAGAAAGCCAGAGAAUGCCUCUUACAUAACGUUUCUGGAAAAAUUUGAGCUUAAUGUCAGAGAAGCUAUAUUUAUUGACGAUCGGGUGGAAAAUACCGUGGCUGCUUCAGCGCUAGGAUUUAAAGCAGUGACUUUUAGCGACCCACAAGAGGUUGAGAGGCGCAUUUGGAACUUAUUAGGAAAUCCCGUGGAUCGCGGCAUGGAGUAUAUGGAGAGAAACGCGAAGAAGAUGAUGCUGGAACUAAGCACUGGAGGAGAACAGCCUGAUAACUUUAGCCAGCUGAUCAUUUUGGAGCUUACCAAGGACGAGCGCUUGAUCAAGCUACAAAGAAGGGAAGGGCCGACAUGGAACUAUUUUCACCACUCCAACACGUUCAUGGGCACUACUUACAGCGAUGACUGCGAUACCACUUCGUAUGCCAUGUGCACACUGGACGAUAUCCCCGCUCAUGAGAAGGAGGCAGCAAUGGACGCGAUUCUCUCUAACCUCAGCCCGGACAACCUACCGUUGUGUUGGUUCAACAAGAGCCGUCCUCGCCUCUGCCAUGGCAUUAUUGCCAAUGCUUUCAGGUUUUUCGCUUUAGAGGGCAAAGGCUCUUUACUGGCACAUACUUACCUCUUCCUCUGCCGCCUGCUCCGGACGAAGACUUAUGAGCUCGGAAGCCGUUACUAUGAAAAUGUUGACUACAUGCCUUACAUCCUCAGCAAUCUAUGCUCGCGGCGGCCUACGGAUCCGUCGUUGGUGGAGAUGCGGGAGCUACUGAAGAGUGAAAUCCGGGAUCGGUCAGGGUGCGAUAGUGACGUCCUGGGAGCUGCACUGAGGAUUUUGAGUGCUCAGGCUAUGGGAAUACCGUACGCGAAGAGAGAUGUGCGAGUGCUGCUGGAGAGCCAGCAACUCGACGGCGGCUGGGCGCGGGUGUGGCUCUUCAAGUAUGGGAAAGAGGAUAUCAAGGUCGGUUCCAGGGGUGUUAUUACGGCUAUGGCUGUCAAAGCCCUGCGGCAGUACUCAGAAGAUGAAAGCAGGGCGAUGUGA